AUGGUCGGCUACAUGAAGGAGGUUGCCAAGCUGGGCGGUGAGCUGAGUGUCGAUGAGCGCAACCUCCUGAGCGUUGCCUACAAGAACGUUGUCGGUACCCGCCGUGCCUCGUGGCGCAUCAUCUCCUCUAUUGAGCAGAAGGAGGAGAGCAAGGGCUCCGACAAGCACGUCGGCACCAUCCGCGAGUACCGCACCAAGAUCGAGACCGAGCUCGAGCAGGUCUGCCAGGAUGUCCUCGAUGUCCUCGACGACAGCCUUAUUCCUAACGCCCAGACCGGCGAGUCCAAGGUCUUCUACCACAAGAUGAAGGGUGACUACCACCGCUACCUUGCCGAGUUUGCCUCUGGCGAGAAGCGCAAGGGUGCUGCCACUGCUGCCCACGAGGCCUACAAGAGUGCUACCGACGUCGCUCAGACUGAGUUGACCCCUACUCACCCCAUCCGCCUCGGUCUGGCCCUUAACUUCUCCGUCUUCUACUAUGAGAUCCUGAACUCGCCCGACCGUGCUUGCCACCUUGCCAAGCAGGCCUUCGAUGAUGCCAUUGCCGAGCUCGACUCUCUCUCCGAGGAGUCUUACCGCGACAGCACCCUCAUCAUGCAGCUCCUGCGUGACAACCUUACCCUCUGGACCUCUUCCGACAGCGGCGACGCUGAGGGCGCCGCUGCUGGCACCGCCGAGGCUUCUGAGGAGAAGAAGGAGGAGGCCAAGACCGAGGAGCCUAAGGCCGCCGAGGAGACGCCUGCUGCCUCCUAA